AUGACUGGUGCAGGACUGUUAGCCAUGGAGUUUGCUGGCCCAUACAGUACAGUCACAGCUGUUCCCGCCAAGACUGGACGGGAGUCGAGUGCGCAAGCACAACACGCAUGUGCACAGUGUGGACGUCAGUACAAGUACGUCCAGGGUCUGCGUGCGCACGUUAAAUACGAGUGUGGAAAACCACCGAGUUUCCGCUGUCAGUUUUGCACAAAAGCAUUUCAUCUUGCAGGCAACCUGAAGAAGCACGUCAUGUUGAUGCAUCAGCAGUCUCCUAUUCCCCAGUCUGUAUCUUUGCAGUAAAAAUAAACAUGCUAUUGUGUUU